AAAAUAUCUUGUAGAGGGCAUCUCAAAGUAGUGAAUAUAAUAUUCGAGGACUACAAGACAGAAUAUGCCAUCUUGGUACUAUGAGAAAGAAGAUCUUCGUAAAACUCCCUCUGUUUUAGAUGGAAUUAAUUUGGAAACAGAGCAACGGUACAGGAGGGAAGGAGCUCGAUUUAUCAUCAACGUGGGAACUAAAAUGGGACUACGAUAUGAUACUAUGGCAACUGGAGUGGUAUACUUCCAUCGUUUCUACAUGUUUCACUCAUUCAAGACUUUUCCAAGAUAUGUUACUGCAUGUUGUUGUUUAUUUCUUGCUGGUAAAGUCGAGGAAACUCCCAAGAAAUGUAAAGAUAUUAUUAAGACAGCUCGCAGCCUUUUAACAGAACAACAAUUCCUACAGUUUGGAGAGGACCCAAAGGAAGAAGUAAUGACAUUGGAAAGGAUUCUUCUUCAGACUAUCAAGUUUGAUCUACAAGUUGACCAUCCUUAUGGACAUCUUUUGAAAUAUGCAAAAUCAUUAAAAGGUGAUAAACAAAAAUUACAGAAAAUGGUUCAGAUGGCCUGGACAUUCAUUAAUGAUAGCUUAUGUACAACUUUGUGCCUACAAUGGGAACCAGAAAUAACAGCCAUUGCUUUGAUGUAUUUGGCUGGAAAGCUCUCUAAAUUUGAAAUAUCUGAUUGGUCUGGAAGAACAUCUAAACAUCAACGAUGGUGGGAUGUUUUUGUAGAGGGAAUGACAGUAGAUUUGCUAGAAGAUAUCUGCCACCAAGUUUUGGAUUUGUACUCUACUCCUGUCUCUACAACACCACAAGACUCACCUCCUGCUACACCACCACCAAAAUCUGCUAAACGAUCUCAUCCUUCAACACCAUCACCACAAGCUUCACUAACUCCUCCACGACAAUCUAAAUCCAAGGAACCACCAGUAGGUCAACCAAUCCCAAAGAUUGAGAAGAGUGAGGCCAAGGAUGUCAGCACAGCUCCUGCUGCAACUACAACUCCUACAACAUCAAUAACUGCUGCUGUCAAAACAGUUGCAUCCCAUGUGUCUCUUACCAAAAUUGAACCUAUUGUCUCAAUAGUUACCACAGGAAUUAAUGUAAAUGUUCCGAGCCAACAACCUGAACCAUCACUGGGGACUGAAACAGCAGGACCCAGAUCUACCAACCAGUAUCCUAGUGGUGGAAGCUCAACUGAGACCAUUCCCUAUAGUCAGCAACAAACAUAUCAAUCUGUUCCCCCAACUCAUACACCUUACCCAACUUCCACGUCUCACCUUGCCCCCUACAAUCCUUUGCCUCCACCCACACAUCAGUACUAUCAUCCUCCAGAACCACAACCUCACCCACCAUCACAACAUUUUCCCCACCCCACUGUCCCAUCUAACCCAGCACCAUACAAAAUUUCACACCCUCCUCCUCCUACACACCCUGCUGUGCAGACUCAACCUUUACUCCAACCCCAUAACCCACCUCCACAAUACACUGAUCAAUAUUCUAACCAUCCCCAACAUGCCACUUCAGCACAGUACAGUGUUCCUCCACUCCCAGUGGUGCCUCCUCAAUACCCCCCACCUCCAUCUAAUCCACACCAAGCCUUGCUGCCUCACCCACCACCCCCUGCUUCAGGAGCAGCUCCACCCCCACCUGCUCCUCCAGCAAGUUUUGGAGCUUAUCCACCACCUCUUGUUACCAAUCUUCAGCAACCACCACCACCUCCACAGGCAACUUCAACAGGAAUUCCUCAAGUGAGAAUUACAGGAAGAUUUUAAAUAGCCAAGUUGGAACAUUUAACAUUGUAAUUUUUAGAUAUUUUAAUUUGCAAGCUGUUCUUUUUAAACAUUUUUUUUAGAAUUAUGUUAUCAAUAAAUGUAACUACAAUUUCUUACUCAAGAUGCUAUCAGACACUUAUGUUAUAAAGAUGUUGCUACUGAUUAUUGUGUUACUGUUGUAUGCUAAAAUGGUAGGAUGUUUUUCCAUUUUAUUCUCAUGUGUGAUAUCAUUAGACUCAGCAUUCCAAAUAAUGUCAUAAAAUUUAUCCAAAACUUUAACAUUAUGCCAAGUAUAAUUUUAAUUAAUAGUGUGUACAUAAUUCAUGCCAAUUAUUUU